UCUUUACGCAAUUAAUUUAGUAGAAAUAGUUUUAUUUCUUAAUAAUAUUAACAUUUGGGAUAAUUUAUAUAAGUUUCAAUAUCGUUUUUUAAGUGUUUCUAUUAAUUUCACAAUUAGGUUUAGCUAAUAAUUUAAAAUGGCAGCUGGAACAGGGAAAUGUACAUUUGGUACUCGACCGCCGCUCGACAUUAACAUGCUCAAUGAAAUUAUAUACAGGGAGGUUAAACAUUUCCGCAAUUACAAGACAUAUCGACCUAAUUUUAAAGGUGUUCCUUUAGCUUCUAAGUUCUACGCGGCUCAUGACCAGUUGGCAUCAACCGGCGAAGAGAGUAUAAAAAUAGAGGAGUACUACCAGAAUGUAGGAAUGGCAAGAUCUUUAGGACCCCUUAGUAAAUACCCUCUGCCUGUUACGACGAGUCAUGAGUACGGUUGGUACACCAAGCCCUUAUAUCCGAUGGAUCGCAACGAUCGUCGUUUCUUUUUACCGAAGAGAGAAAGUCCGCACACUAAAAUAGAAGUGGUCAUACUAACAUCAAAUCCAAGACAAAGGAAGGCUUAAAGCAAGUCGAGCGGUGGAAGAAACUGAUAUAUGUAAUUCUUUACAGUGUU